GUUUAUCGCAAGUGGUGCGAUCGAGAGGUAUGUAUCUAAAAUUUGUGCUGCUAUUGGCCUGCCUCAGCCUGGCUAGGGCUGGCGAACAGGUGCGCUAUGACAACUACAAGCUGUACAAAGUGCAUAUCAAGGAUACCGAAGAUCUGCAGCUGCUCGAUGAGAAUGAGAAAGCUCUAAAGCUCAAUAAAUGGCGGCCGGCGAGUCGCCCUGGCGUCUCAUCGGAUAUUAUGCUGUCGCCCGAGUACCAGGAAGCGUUUGAGUCUCUGCUUAACAGCCAUAACAUGACCUAUAGCAUCAAGAUCGACAACGUGCAGCGCCUGAUCGACGAGCAGCGGCCAAAGCAACGAAUGAGCUCGAUGGAGUGGACCCAGUAUCACACUCUGGAGGAGAUCUACGCCUGGCUGGAUCUGAUCGAGGCGCGUUACCCUCACGUAGUCACACCCUUCUCGAUCGGCAACUCGCAUGAGGGUCGCCCCAUACGUGGCAUCAAGAUCUCCUACAAGCCAGGCAACAGCGCCGUCUUCAUCGAGUCAAAUAUUCACGGAAACGAAUGGAUCACCUCGGCGACGAUCACGUACCUCAUCGAUGAGCUGCUCGUGCCCAGAAAUCCGUCUGUUAGGGAUAUAGCCCAAAAUGUGGACUGGUACAUUAUUCCUGUGCUAAAUGUGGAUGGCUUUAGCUACUCACACAAUGUGGAACGUUUGUGGCGCAAGUCCCGUCUGAACUGGGAUCCCACUGGAGAAUGCGUAGGAACCGAUUUGAAUCGCAAUUUUAACUAUCGCUGGAUGGAGGCUGGCGCUUCUGCUGAUCCUUGCAGUCAACAUUACGCCGGCCCAUUUCCCGAAUCCGAUCCGGAAAUUAGUCAACUGACGAGCUACAUUAACAACUCCAUACCGGAGGGUAUUAUAAAGAUCUACAUAUCCGUGCACUCGUAUAGCCAGCUAGUGCUCUCGCCCUGGGGCCAUACGGCUGAGGAGUUUCCCCCACACUAUCCGCAGAUGAUGGGCGUAGCCAAAGGAUUUGCCGAUGCAGUCUUCAGGCGCUAUGGCACUCCAUAUAACUACGGAUCCAGUGCCGCAACUCUGUAUGAAGUUUCUGGCGCGGGCAAGGACUGGGCCUAUGGCGUUAAGAACAUAACCAUACCCUUUACCUUGGAGCUACGCGAUAGAGGCGAGUUCGGAUUCCUGCUGCCGCCAGAGUACAUAUUACCUGUGGCCCGUGAGACCACGGAGGGAUUCGUCGGCCUGAUACAGGCUGCCCGUGGAAUUAAUGUCUUGUGAGCAGCUUAGCACUCAAUAAAGAAGCCCCCACAAAAAAAAAA